AAUGCAAAGAUCCUGGUUAGAGUAACCCUAAAGAACUUUGGAUAUCAAUUUUGAUAUUAAAUCAAUUAGAAAUUAGGUUAAAGAUAGAUGCGUACCAGUUCUAUAAUAUUAAACAGACUCUGCACAAAAAUCAUUCAAUUCUUAUAGGUAAUAAAAUGAAAUAUCUCAGAAAAGAAAGUUUACCUACAGUACCAUCAUUUGAAAACUUAUAAGCCAAAAUUAGGGAUUUCUCAUAUACUAAACUCAAUCAGGCUUAAUCAUUUUAAUAAAGGAAUUAGAUUACUGAUAAAUCUAUCACUUAUUCACCAUAAAAGGCAGUGGGUUUAUAAAAGAAGUAAUUUUAAAUUAUAUAAAUUCAAGGAUUAAUAGUUCUUUAGGUAGUAGGAAUAACACUAAUUAUUAAAGUUCUCGAUAAUAAUAAUCACCAGCAUAUUAAAGCAGACCUAUUGAAUUAAGUUAUAGGUCAUAAUAGAGAAGAAAUUUGAGUGAUAAUUUACAAUUAAAUGAAAUAGUUUCUAUGAGAAAUAAGAUUGAAUCAUCUUAAGCUAGUAGAAGUUUAUUGGGAACAAAGUAAUUAAUUUGAUUUAAUAUUAGUUAUGUGAGUGAAUUAGUAAAAUUAGCUUAGGCCAUAACUAAUGCACUGAAAUGA